AUGCGCAUUUCGUCGGCCACGCUCACCGCGGCGCUCUCCAGCGUUGCCUCGGCUUCGCUGCAGGUCGUGCCAGGAGGAACAUGGACCACGCCGGACGGCGAGCACUUGCAGGCCCAUGGUGCAGGUUUCAUUGAGGUCAACGGGACGUACUACAUGAUCGGCGAGGACAAGAGCGGCGGCCACUCGUUCACCAACGUCAACUGCUACUCGUCGACGGAUCUUGUCCAGUGGACCUAUGUCGGCGCCCUCCUCUCCCAGACGAGCUCCGGUGAUCUGGGGCCCAACCGCGUCGUGGAGCGGCCCAAGGUCAUCUACAACGACAAGACGGGCAAGUACGUGCUCUGGAUGCACAUGGACAGCAGCAACUACGGCGAGGCGAGGGUUGCCGUCGCAACGGGCGACUCGGUGUGCGGCAAGUACGAAUACAUCAGGAGCUUUCAACCACUCGGGAGGGAGAGCCGGGAUAUGGGGCUUUUCAAGGACGACGACGGCAAGGCCUACUUGCUGACCGAAGAUAGAAACUACGGCCUCCGCAUUGUCGCGCUUUCGGAUGACUAUCUGACUCCCACGACUGACGUCUUCUCCUGGAGACUCGAGGGGGGGAACCGGGUCGAGGCCCCGGCCAUGGUCAAGCUCGGCGACACGUACUUCUUGUUCGCCUCCAUGAUGACCGGAUGGGACCCCAACGACAACCAGUACACGACAUCCAAGAGCCUCGGAUCCGGUUGGUCCGAGUGGAAGAAGUUUGCCGACCAGGGAACAAAUACGUACAACUCGCAAACGACUUACAUCCUCAAGACGAGCGAGAGCAGCGCCAUCUACAUGGGCGACAGGUGGGUCAAGGACAAUCUGAUGGCGAGCACCUACGUGUGGCUGCCCCUGAGCAUCAGCGGCACCAGCGUCAGCAUGAAGAACUUUGUCAGCUGGGUGCCGACGUCCAACUUCGCCUCGUGGCAGAACCCGCCGGCCGAGACGAGCUACGAGGCCGAGGCGGCCACGUACGGCGGCAAGGCGCGCAACAUCGACUGCUCCGGCUGCUCCGGCAAGGUCGCCGCCGGCUACAUCGGCGGCCCGGACAACGGCAGCGUCACCUUCACCGGCAUCCGCAGCGACAUCGACGGCCUGACCACCAUCCGCAUCAAGUUCCUCAACGGCGACAGCAGUCCGCGCUACGCCAACGUCCGCGUCAACGGCGACGCCGGCAGGAAGAUCGCCUUCCUCACUGCCCGUGGCGAUCCCGCCUCCAGCACCUUGCAUGCCCAGCUCAAGAAGGGCUCCGACAACACCAUAGUUAUCGAGGGCAUCAACGGCGGAUGGGGCCCCGACGUCGACCGCCUGAUGGUGCCGGUACAGUGA